GGAAGGUUGAUUUCCGGAUCUCGUACGUAUUGGCUUUAAUAUUUACAUUCGCUUGCGCCCUCUAUCGUCCGACAAUCGCCACUUCCGCAAACAAUAAUGGGCAGGGUACAUAGGAAAUGCAGACCAACUUCAGAGAUUUGAUGAGGAAUAAAGGACAUUCAUAAAUCUCAGAAUGGGUGACCAUUUAGUUGGCGAAAAGAUCACUCUCACAGACGCUCUUCAAAAUGUUGACGUUCUGGAUGAGUUACCUCUCCCGGACCAACAGCCAUGUAUCGAGGGAAUGUCCCUUUCCAUUCAGUACCAGGCCAACUUCGAUACAAAUUUUGAGGACAGAAGUGCUUAUGUGACAGGAGUUGCAAAGUAUAUAGAAGAAGCUACAGUCCAUGCUGACCUGAACAAGUUGUUAGAGGAGGGCCAGGAGUAUGCUGCGAUGAUGUAUACCUGGAGGUGCUGUUCCAGAGCCUUACCACAGGUUAAGAGCAAUGAACAGCCUAACAGAGUAGAGAUUUACAACAAGAUUGUGGAGGUGCUGGAACCUCAGGUUUCCAAGCUGAUGGACCUCAUGUAUUUCACGAAAAGAGCAAUAGAGAGGUUUGGUAAUGAAGUCAAAAGAUUGUGUCACAGAGAGAAGAGGAAUGAUUUUGUGUCAGAAGCCUACCUUUUAACUCUGGGGAAAUUCAUUAACACAUUUGCAGAAUUGGAUGAACUUAAGAAUAUGAAAGCAAGUGUCAAGAAUGAUUACUCAGCUUACAGAAGAGCUGCACAGUUUUUAAAAGUAAUGGCAGAUCCCCAGUCUCUUCAAGAAUCUCAGAAUCUGUCCAUGUUCUUGGCUACUCAGAAUAAAAUCCGGGACAUGCUUAAGGAAUCUUUGGAAAUCACCCCAGGCUACGAGGAACUACUGGCAGACGUCGUCAAUAUAUCUGUACACAUGUAUGAAAAUCGCCUCUUCUUGGAACCCUCAGAAAAACAUAUGCUGGUUAAGGUGAUGGCAUUUGGUUUGUUCUUGAUGGACAACAAGGAAAACAGUAUAUACAAAAUGGAUGGCAGGAAAAGAAUUAAUUUAACUAAAAUAGAUAGGAUAUUAAAGCAAUUAGAAGUUGUCCCCCUUUAUGGAGACAUGCAGAUCAAACCAUACCAUUACAUUCAGAAGAGUUUGAACUUUGACCCCUCACGAUGGACAUUUUGUGAGUCUAGCCAGCUUAGUCCUCAGUCUAAUCUGCUGGCCAAUCUGGAGGCCAUUAGAGAGGAUCACAUGGCAUACAUAAGUCAGCUUGCCAGACAUAGCAAUGAGGCCAUUACCACGACCAGAGAGAGCCCAAGGACAGACUAUGAGAACAAGGAAUUAAGUGACCUUGCCCUCCGAGGGCUACACCUAAUGUCAGCAUGGACACAGCAAGUUAUGGAGCUGUACUGCUGGAAGUUGUUGCAUCCUACGGACACCCACCAAAACCCUGAUUGUCCUCAAGAUGCCGAGGAGUAUGAAAGGUCGACCCGUUACAACUACAGCAGUGAUGAAAAGUUUGCCAUAGUAGAAGUGAUUGCUAUGAUUAAGGGGCUACAACUCCUGAUGGCGAGGAUGGAGUCAGUGUUUUUGGAUGCCAUUAGGAGACACAUCUAUGCUGCUCUUCAGGAUUUUGUACAAUUGGCUCUCAGAGAUCCACUCCGAAAAGCAAUCAGGAAAAAGAAUGAUGUCAUCAAAGUGUUAAUAUUGUCCGUGCGAGACACCUGUGUUGAUUGGAUGAGAGGGGUAGAGCCACAGGAUGAUCCUGCUAUGAAGGGUAAAAAAGACCCUGAUGAAGGAUUCACUAUCAAAGUACCACGAAGGAAUGUUGGUCCGUCCACCACACAGCUGUACAUGGUGCGGACCAUGCUGGAGUCCCUGAUUGCUGACAAGAGUGGGGGCAGUGGAAAGAAGACCCUGAGAAAGGACAUUGAUGGGCAACAUUUAAUGGCCAUUGACCAAUUCCACAAAGAAUCCUUUUAUUGGAACUACCUCCUCAACUUCAAUGACUCUCUACAUAGAUGUUGUGAUCUGUCUCAGCUGUGGUAUCGUGAAUUUUUUCUGGAGAUGACAAUGGGGAAAAGAAUUCAAUUUCCCAUUGAAAUGUCCAUGCCUUGGAUUCUCACAGACCAUGUGCUAGAGACUAAAGAUGCCUCUAUGAUGGAGUAUAUUCUGUAUCCUUUGGACCUGUACAAUGACAGUGGUCACUUUGCCUUGACCAAAUUCCACAAACAGUUCCUCUAUGAUGAGGUGGAGGCGGAGGUCAACCUUUGUUUUGAUCAGUUUGUAUACAAACUUAGUGAUCAACUCUUUGCUUACUACAAACACUUGGCUGGCAGCAUUAUGCUUGACAAGAGAUUUCGAGCAGAAUGUGCUAGCUUUGGAACAAAGAUACUUUACCCUGUUGCCAAUAGAUACAAGACUCUGCUAAAACAGAGGCAUGUUCAGAUCCUGGGUCGUUCAAUAGAUCUGAAUCGUCUGAUUGGACAGAGAGUCAAUGCUUCCUUACAAAAGGCACUGGAAGUGGCCAUAUCCAGAUUUGAAGGAGGAGAUCUGACUGGCAUUGUGGAGCUGGAAGGGCUGGUAGACUGUAACCGCUUGGCCCAUAAACUGAUGAAGAAGUACAUCACCCUGAAUGAUUUCGAUGCCAUGUUGAGGGAGGCCAAUCACAAUGUGUCUGCCCCCUAUGGGAGAAUCACCCUCCAUGUGUUCUGGGAGGUCAACUACGACUUCCUGCCCAACUACUGCUACAAUGCUGCCACAAACAGAUUUGUGAAGACAGUCUUGCCAUUUGCUCCAGCUAGUCAACGAGAAAAACAACCCAAUCCAGCCUACGCUUACAUUUGGGGCACAAAGGCUCUGACUACAUCUUUCAGUGCAAUAUAUGGACUCUACCAUGGCUUUGUUGGAGUUCCACACUUUAGGUCUAUUUGUCGAAUGCUUGGAUACCAGGGAAUAGCAGUUGUCAUAGAGGAACUGCUUAAAAUUGUUCAGGCUUUGCUGAAAGGAACAUUGAUGGAAUAUGUAAAGACCCUGAUGACAGUGAUGCCUAAUGUCUGUCGCCUUCUGAGAUACGAUUAUGGUUCACCUGGUGUAAUGGGUUACUAUCAGGCACAGCUUGCUGACUUAAUCCAGUACCCUGAUCUCCGAACAGAAGUGUUCCAAAGCUUCAGAGAAGUGGGAAAUGCCUUACUCUUCUGCAUGCUGGUAGAACAGGCUCUAACCCAGGAAGAAGUUUGUGAUUUGAAACAUGCGGCUCCAUUUCAGAACAUCAUUCCGAAGCCCUUUAUACCUAUCAAAGAGGGCGAUAACCGGAAGGAGAAGGAGCAGGAACUGAAGAACAUGAUGAAGAGACUGGAAGCUAAGUAUGCAGCUCUACAGGUGGUCCCCGUCAUCAGCAAGCUGGGCUCCCCGCAGCAAGCGGACAUAGCGGCAGAGGGUGACCUACUUACAAGAGAAAGGCUGUGUUGUGGUUUGUCCAUGUUUGAGAUAGUAUUGACCAGAAUCAAGACGUUUGUGGUGGACGCGAUUUGGCAAGGUCAGCAGCCAGCCAAUGGAGUGAUGAACAUCGACGAAUGUACGGAGUUCCACCGACUGUGGAGUGCUAUACAGUUCGUGUUCUGUAUGCCCGUCAGGGAAAACGAGUAUUCAGUCGAAGAACUUUAUGGAGAGGGACUGAACUGGGCAGGAUGUGCUCUCAUUGUCCUGUUGUCACAGCAACGGAGGUUUGAGGCUCUAGAUUUCUCUUACCAUGUUCUCAAGGUCAACCGCGUGGACAUGAAGGACGAAAACGUUAAAGGCAUUCAAUUAAAAAAGAUGGUGGAUCGUAUAAGGAAGUUCCAGAUUUUAAACAAUCAAAUAUUUGCUGUAUUGAACAAAUACCUAAAGACAAGUGACUCUGAGAGUAUUCCAGUGGAGCAUGUUCGCUGUUUCCAGCCGCCAAUACAUCAGUCACUAGCAACAACCAUUUAACACUAACGUGCAUGUGAUUUUACAGCCUCAUAGGGCGAAACUACUAGUAUUCUAAAUGUGUCUAAAGUCAGGAGUCUCAGAUUGUUAAAGCAUCUAUAAAGAAGGCAGCAGCAUGAAGAAAAACCAACCUCGUUGUCUUCCUAUCUACAAAAGUGAAGUGUUUUUGGCGAUUGUCGCCAGUAGGGAACAAGUAGUUUUGAAAGCAUUAAGGGUUUAAGAAUUGUUUAAGGACACCUUGUGACUUUAUACAGUGAUAUACGUUUGUGUAUUGCAUGCUGUGUAAACUUGUGUACAUUUUAUACAAACCAUACAACUAUACCGGUAUUCAUACCAUUUGUAAGUAUGCAUAAUAAAGCGAAAAUUGUC